CGGGUGACAACUCAUACACAUCAAUCUCUUAGCCCAGACUUGAGCGUAGCCUUAAUUUCGAAGACACAAUUUGACAGCAGCUCUCUUCGAGAUAUCCCCGCAGAUUGAUCGAGGGCCACCCCCAAAUACCUCUCUAUCGACUGUGAACCCAAUAUUUCCCCAAAAAUGGCGGCCUACGACAGCGACUCUUCCGGCGGGGAGGACAAUUUCACAGAAACCAACGUAUUACUUGGCUACGCGUCCCAAGAACCAACCGGAGACGCUGUCAGCCAUCUCGGGGGAGUUCCGGCUUGGUUGGACGACACAACAGCCCCAUCCGGCGCCCUCGCAAAAUGCAAAGUCUGCAACUCUCUUCUAUCACUACUCCUCGAACUCAAUGGCGACCUUCCAGAACACUUCCCAGGCCACGAACGGCGACUGUACGUCUUCAGCUGCCGGCGAAAAGCAUGUCGGAGGAAGGAGGGGAGCGUGAGAGGAAUUCGGGGUACAAGAGUCACCAAGGUCAAGGACGAGAAGAAGACACCAGCCCCUGAGGCCUCCACACCACAAGAGAGUGGGAAGAAGGCAGUGCAGUCGAAUAUCGGCGAAUCGCUGUUUGGCGUCAAGAGCCCAGGGGCGUCCAGUGGGCCAGUGAACCCUUUCGCGAACCCGUUCGCAUCUGGCACUGCUUCAAAAGCACCAGCGAACCCCUUUGCAACCUCAAAACCUACGAGUACACCCGAACCAGCCUCCUCCCCAGCUACAUCUGCCGUAAAUGCAGCCCUCACAAGCCUCCCAGUAACCUUCGCCGAAAAGGCACGCAUAGCGCCUCUGUCCAAACCCACCGAAAGCAUACUCCCUCGACCGCACGAGCCCUGGCCUGAUCAGUCUGCCUUCCCAGAGCCUUACCCACAAUACCACCUCGACGCCGACUACGAGACCCUAGACGCGUUCCCCACACCUACAAUCCCGGAGAGUGCGCGUAUGGAUGUGGAUGAGCCCUCGGCUUCAAGCGGUGGAGACAAAGAACUUUUUGAAAGCACGCUCGACAAGGAGUUCCAGCGCUUCGCCGAUCAGCUGGCCCAAAAUCCGGAGCAGGUCCUGAGAUAUGAGUUCAAGGGGGCGCCUUUACUAUACAAUAGGAGUGAUGCUGUUGGCAAGCUUUUGGCGCCGACAUCGCACGGUCAGGGUGGUGGGAAGGUUGUUGUCAAGGGCGGGAGUGCAUCGCGUAUGUCUAGAUGCAAGAACUGUGGCUCGGAGCGGGUGUUCGAACUGCAGCUUACUCCACACGCCAUCACUGAACUCGAGGGCAACUCCAUGUCGUUGGAUGGGAUGGAUUGGGGGACCAUCAUCCUAGGUGUCUGCGCAAAGGAUUGCGUUGGCAGCGACGUAGGCGAAGGAGAGGUAGGAUAUGUUGAGGAGUGGGUGGGUGUGCAAUGGGAGGAGGUCUCUAAGAAAUAG